GGAUGGGUGGCGUCCGAUUGGGUGGGCUCCGUCAUAUGAAAGUUUCCAUUGGAAGGGAGCUGUUUUGGUAACACGAUUCGAUUCACUCUCUUUACGACCAGAGAAAACUUCACGUUGUGAUACUGGAUGACGUUUCUGUAUUACACUGGGUGACAGUGGAAAUGCAUCUUGAACACCAAGCAUGCCAGGUAUCCCCUAAUUCAUGUGGAAGACCCUUGACAGACAAAUAAAAGCCCCACAUGAGCUCUGUAAGCUGGAGAAAUGCACAGCUAUGGCAAAGCUUUGUAAGGAGUCCGCGGCUAACGAAGACAUUAUUCAAGAUAGAAUGUCAAUUGAACAGUUUGAAGGAGCCAAGUCGGAAAGUCGAUUAUAGAGUCACCCGAUACCCAUUCCAACAAUAGCGUUAUCCUGGGGUACGGUACUUCAUACAGUUCAUACGAAAGAAGUUUUCAAAGAGCAAUGUAUGGCCUCAGCCCUUUCAUAUCAACGUUUGAUUGAAACGAUCGAUAACAAACGAAUUAGCACACUCAAAAAGGGACUUCUUAUGUGUCCUCACAUCUACCAGCCCCUAUCCGCCCCACCCACUAGCGAGGACUAGCGAGAAACCAACCCGACCUCAACGUUUUGCACUAACGACCACUCUAUCGAGAAUCAAGGAGUAUCGCCAUAGCGUUCCGCAAAGCUGGAAAUCUCGAUCCCGAUUCUCAGCCUCAAAUUCACAUUCAGCACUACGGGACCUGGACCUCUUAUUAUGGAAUGCGGUGUUCGCCGGGGGACUAUAUGGACUUCUCAUCUCCCAAGAGCUGGAAGAAUGUUUCAUAGAUUUCCGAAAUUUCUUGAGAAAGCUGAGAUAUAAUAUUUCAGUAUGGCGAAACAAGAUCAGAUUACUGCGGCUACCGCGAGGAGCAUGCUCGCGGGGCAUCCUGUGGUUAUGGUUAGUCUUUUCUGGAACUUUGAGUUAUUUUUUUCCAUUUCGAAAUACAAUUGGAAAGAGUGUGGCACUGCCCCCUUCCAGAAUAACCUCUCUCCUACCUAAUCCUAUCAUGGAAUCCUGAUGAUUAUGGAAAACCGCAAAGCUAACUGGGAUGUAGGUCACAGGAGGAUGUGGAUAUAUCGGUUCACACACAGUCCUAGAGCUGCUCAUCGCAGGCUGCUCCGUAGUAGUAAUCGACAAUCUCUGCAACUCCAACAUUGAAGCACUCCGACGAGUCUACUUCCUGGCACGAGAAUACUUCCUCGCCUGUCUCCCCCAAGAAAAGGACAAUUCAACCGACAGAUAUCCACAGCUGCACUUCAUCAAAGCCGAUAUCCGGAAUCGCUCCAAAAUGGCAGCCGUCUUGGAAGCAUACAACACCGAUCGCCCAUCAACAAUACAAAUCACACAUAUCUUGACUUCCAGACACUCCUACCGAAAAGUCUCAAUGGCGUUCCAGACCCAACCCACAGCAAUGACCCUGAAGGCUUCGCCCGAUAAAUCGGAUUCCGGGAAGAUAAGUCACGUAAUCCACUUUGCAGCCCUGAAAGCCGUCGGAGAAUCCGCAGUAAUCCCCUUGGAAUACUACCAAACCAACGUCGGCGGUCUCCUCAAUAUCCUCAGCGUCCUGGAUGAGUUUCAAGUCCGCAACAUUGUUUUCUCCUCCUCAGCCGUCGUCUACGGUUCCGGGAACGGAAAAUAUAUCUCUGAGGACGCUGUAAGAACAGCCGGACGAGGAGCUGGCGGUGGUUUACUUACAAAUCCCUAUGGACGAACCAAAUGGAUGGAUGAAGAGAUCCUCGAUGAUUGGUGUGUGGCAAAUACAAACGUCCAAGCCAUAGCACUCCGCUACUUCAACCCAACAGGUUGUCACCCCUCCGGUCUCAUAGGCGAAGACCCCAACGGCGUACCCUCCAACCUCAUGCCAGUAGUCCUACAAACCUACCAAAGACGACGAAGCAAAGUGGCAGUCUUCGGCAGCGACUACAACACCAAAGACGGCAGCGGAGUCCGAGACUUCAUCCACGUCGUCGACCUAGCCAAAGGCCACGUCGCCGCCCUCAACAAACUCGUCUCCUGCCCCCCAGUCCCAGAAGACGCAAACCAAGGCCUCGUCGACGCCGCAGCCAACUACCACGUCUACAAACUCGGCACCGGAACCGGCUACUCCGUCCUCGAAAUCAUCACCGCCUUCGCCAUCGAGACAGGCGUCGAGAUCCCUUUCGUCCAAGGCGACCGCCGACCCGGCGACCUCGGCUCCAUAACCGCAAACCCCAGCAAGGCCUUCACGGAACUAGGCUGGAAAGCGACCCACGGGCUCGAAGAGAUGUGCAAAGACCUCGUCAAAUGGGCGAACAAGAACCCCACGGGCUACGAGCGCCUCCGUCAAAUGAGCGUCAUGGCCGUCAACGACCAAGAAGGCUUCAUGACGAAAGUCCGCAAGGCGUCCGUGGUGCGCCGGCAAUCCAUGGCGCCGGUCUGGCAAGGGGAGCAGAUCCCAGAUCGAGUAGGGGGCGGCGAGGAGGAAGGCGAGGAUAUCGGGUCGUUGGUGAAGAGUUUGGUGUUGGAUGAUGAGAUGUUUGAGCAGAUGGUUGAGCGGAAGACGGGCUUGUUUGGGCAGGAUUUUACGUAUGAUUUCAACUCGAGACGCACGGCGGGGGGGUAUGAGUCCCCUCAUUCGCCUGGCACGCCGGCUCCGGAUCAGAAUCCGCUUGAUUACUUUGAUAGUCGGAGAGCGGUUGUGGCGGAUGAUGCGUGAGUGUUUGGUGCGGCAUGGCUAUUUGGCUCAGGAGAUGACUCUCAUAGUCGGUCGGACACCUCUCAAGUUUCGACGGAGAAUUAUUUUGUUUCUUCAGGGAAAGGUAUUAUAGAUAGAUCAAAACCAAUACAACAAUAGAAUAA